AUUAGUUUUCUACCUGUGUCAGAAGAAGUACUUGUAGUAGUUGUAGUAGAAGUAGAAGUAGUAGAAGUAGACGGUUUCACUGGCUGCUCCUGUCUUUACUGCGAGACUCUGGGAUUAUUGAGACACAACAAGAACAGCACGAAUGGAGGCUUUAUUAUGACGAGCGAGGGUUAGAGCGUUCAACCGUACAUUGUCACAAUGAGUGAGAGCGACGGAUGCGCGGACAUCCAGGCGAGUGUCAGGGCGUGCUGGGAGCGUUUCCUGGCCUGUUUUAAGAAGCCGGGUCCGGCCGCAGGUGAGAGCAACAGGCCCGAGGACAAAGUGGAUCAUGUGUUUGAAAACAACGCGCUAUCAGAGCCGGGGUUUGACAGCAGAGUUCUCAGCAGCAGCAGCAGCAGCAGCAACAACAACAGCAGCAGCAGCAACAACCACCACAGCAGCAGCAGCAACAACCACAGGAGACAGUCGCUGCCUGGAGAGCAUUACAUCGCGCUGUAUGAUUAUUCCGCCCGCACUGAGGAGGACCUGAGCUUCCAUGCCGGGGACAUCCUCGAAGCUCUGGACAAAAGUGCAGGGGACUGGUGGUUCGCCAAAGCCAUCACCGGCCUGUCCUCCCCCAGUCAGGGAUACAUCCCCGCCAACUAUGUGGCUCCUGUGGAGAGUCUGGAAUCAGAACCCUGGUAUUUCCCCAACACCAAGAGGAUAGACGCAGAGAAGAUGUUGCUUGCUGGAGGAAACCGGCACGGUGCCUUCCUCGUCAGAAACAGCGAGACUCAAAAAGGAGAGCUCUCCCUCUCAGUGCUGGACAAUGGGAAGGUGAAGCAUUACAAGAUAAGAAAACAGGACAAUGGUCAGUACUUUGUGUCAAGGACAAGGUCGUUUCAAACUCUGAAGGAGUUGGUGGAAUAUUACUCCAGACAAGCCGAUGGCCUUUGUGUGCGUCUGGCUGAACCAUGCAAAAAGAUGGAGGCCCCACAGACUCAUGGUCUUUCCUACAACACAGUGGACCAGUGGGAGAUUGACCGUAAGUCCAUCAAGCUGCUGAGGAAGCUGGGAGCGGGUCAGUUUGGUGAAGUGUAUGAAGGCAUUUGGAACCAAACCACAGCAGUGGCCGUGAAGACCCUCAAACCUGGUACGAUGGAUGCCGAGGAUUUCCUCCAAGAGGCUCAGAUCAUGAAGAGGCUGCGGCACCAGAAGCUCAUCCAGCUGUACGCCGUGUGCACCAUAGAGGAGCCCAUUUACAUCAUCACAGAGCUGAUGAAGAAUGGCAGCCUGCAGGAGUACCUUCAGAAAGAUAAGGGUUCUACUCUCCGGCUCUGUGACCAGAUAGAGAUGGCAGCACAGGUGGCAUCGGGCAUGGCCUUCCUGGAGGAACAGAACUACAUCCACAGAGACCUGGCAGCCAGAAAUGUCCUGGUGGGCGAAAACAACAUCUGCAAGAUCGCCGACUUUGGUCUCGCCAGGGUCUUCAUUAACGAGAGUGUGUACGAAGCCAAACAGGGCACAAAGUUCCCUGUGAAAUGGACCGCUCCAGAGGCCAUCCACGACAACAAGUUCAGCAUAAAAUCUGAUGUUUGGUCCUUUGGGGUUUUGCUGUACGAGAUCAUGACCUUUGGCCAGAUGCCUUAUCCAGGCAUGUCCAACUACCAGGUAGUCCAGAAGGUUCCCCUGGGACACAGGAUGCCGCGCCCCCCGAAAUGCCCCCAAGUCAUGUAUGACAUCAUGAUGGAUUGCUGGAAGAAGGACGAACAGGAACGACCCACGUUUGAGACCCUGCAGUGGAAGCUGGAGGACUUCUUUGACCUGGAUGUGAACUCGUAUGACGAUGCCAGCCAAUACUAAGACACUAACUAAAAAGAAAGGAAAAUGCUGAAUACAAGGACUUAAAGUGACGUAUUUAAUGAAAAGACACUGAAAGGUAAUUUAAAAUCCAUGUGGUAGAAUACUGUGACAACAACUGACUCGCUUUUCCUACAGCAACACUCCUGGCUUUGUUUUGUGUGAUAACCGAAUGCACUUUGAGACGAGGCCACAUGCACGUUGAGCCUAACUUGUAACGUUGGCUCUCAAAAUGGAAGAGGCCUCUGUCAGCACAGAUGAAAAGCUGCAAAUCUGUCCAUCUCGACCAACCAGUUCUUCUUGCACUCAGCAUAGCGCACAUUGUUUCCACCAGCUACGUGAGCUUUACUGUAAGUUCCCCGAGAGGAUCUGAGAAAUGUAAUCUGGAUCUGAAAAUACUUGCUCAGUCUCUUACACAGAGAAGGAAUGAGUGGCAGAUGAUCUCAUCUCAGCUAACUCUGCAACACACAUGCACUGUAUCUGUGGACCUGUUCAGACAUGGUAUUAACAUCCAUCCCGAGAGAUCCGAUGACAUGUGUUCAAGCUCAGAGUUCAGGUUGAAAUGUGUCCUUUCAAUAAUUAAGAAAAAGCACUCAGGGAUUUUGGUUGAAUCCAAAAAAACAAAGUGUCCCAACAAGGCUUUUAUUGUGAAAUGCACUGCCCAUCCCCCUCAAAAAACAAUGUCAUACUCUAAUAUUUGGUAUAAGGCGUACCAUUAAAGCCUUGAUCUGGGGGCUGUAUGGUCAGAUUGAUUUAAAACAUCAUUUUGUCACCGUGAAUAGGAAGGAUGUAGCAUAUACUGCACAAGUGAAGUGUGAUGUCAUCUCAAGUGGUCAAAGGAAAUCUAUCCAGGAUACAUGUGUGAAUAUGUCAUAUUUAGUGCUGUCAAUUUGUGAUUGGAUUCCUUAGGACAGAUGUUUUAUACCAGGUCUGAAAGAGGUCUAUAGGCAACUGUCUUUGGCUUUGGCUUUAGUAGUCAACUUUAAUCCCGUAGCCUGGCUAACACCAGACUGCAUCUCAGUCUCAUUUGAGAGAUGGAGUACGGGUCUGGGAAGAAUGUCGUCGCCUCCCCAUUUUCAAGAGACUCAAAUCUCUGCUUCACUCCACAGUCGUUGGAUCACACGAUCCAACGACUGUGGAGUGAAGCUCAUCUCUUCAGACUACAGGAACACCUCAUGGACUUGUUUGUAUGGAGCUCUGCAGGUUGAUGGAUCGUUCAUGCACACAAAUAACUGGAGCGUAACUAUGAGUCCACGUUUUUACAAACCCCGUUUUGUUGUUUUGAACGUUUAUAAAGAAACUUUUAAGCUGCAGUAAAUCAUAAAUCAUUUGUCUCAUGGCAGUGCACAUUUUUAUCUUAUGAACAAGUUAUUUUAACUGUCGUUUUUAAAGUGGACAGAGCAUCGUAAACGUUUAUUUUGCCUUUUCGUUGUGGUUUUCACUCACCGUUUUAGGUAGUGAACUGUGAGGUAACCAGCAGCUUACCUUACUGAAAGCAGCACUGACUCUUCAAGGCAAACAAAGAGUCAUUGAUCAUUCUCUUUAUUGGUUCACUAUUGGCAGCCAUAUCAUGAUAUGAUGUGAUGUAUGAAAUAAAGAUUACUGCAACUUUAA